AUGGCCAAUGCCCAGCAACCCUCCUUUCGCGUCCUUAUUGUGGGCGGUUCUGUCGCAGGCCUCACCCUUGCGCACUGUCUCGAACGCGCCAAUAUCGAGUACCUCAUACUCGAAAAAGGAGAAGAUGUUGCCCCGCAAGUUGGUGCCUCGAUAGGUAUCAUGCCAAAUGGCGGACGGAUCCUCGAGCAACUGGGCCUAUUUGGGGAGAUUGAGCGUGUGAUCGAGCCGUUGCAUCAGGCGAAUAUCAGCUAUCCAGAUGGGUUCUGCUUUAGUAACGUCUAUCCUAAGGUUCUUGGCGACAGGUUCGGAUACCCGGUUGCAUUCUUGGACCGGCAGAAAUUCCUGCAGAUUGCGUAUGAAGGGCUUAGAAAGAAGCAGAACGUUCUCACUCGAAAAAGGGUAGUCGGCGUGCGACAGACGGAACAUGGAACUGCUGUUUCUGUGGCUGAUGGAACAGAGUAUGAGGCCGAUCUCGUGGUUGGUGCUGAUGGAGUACAUAGUCGGGUGAGAAGUGAAAUUUGGAAGAUGGCGGAGGAGAAUCGGCCUGCAUCGGUUUCGACACGUGAAAGAAGAAGCAUGACUGUUGAAUAUGUCUGCGUUUUCGGGAUCUCAUCAGCCAUCCCAGGGCUCGAGAUAAGCGAACAGAUCAACGGGAUUUUCGACCAUCUAUCCAUUCUAACAAUCCACGGCAGACAUGGUCGGGUGUUCUGGUUCGUGAUCCAGAAGUUGGAUAGGAAGUACGUCUAUCCUGAUGUCCCGCGAUUCUCAGACGAGGAUGCCGUACAGCUCUUCGAUCUGGUCAAACACGUGCGGUUCUGGAAAAACAUCUGCGUGGGGGACUUGUGGAAGAACAGAGAGGUGUCCUCGAUGACAGCGCUGGAGGAGGGAGUGUUCGAGACAUGGCACCAUAAUAGGAUGGUUUUGAUUGGAGAUAGCGUUCACAAGAUGACGCCCAACUUUGGCCAGGGAGCCAAUUCUGCCAUCGAGGAUGCUGCCGCGCUCUCCUCCCUUCUACAUGAUCUCGUCAACGCCCGCGGAGUUUGCAAGCCAUCAAAUGUCCAGAUUCAGCAUCUCCUCAAGCAGUAUCGGGAGACUCGAUACACUCGCAUGGUAGGCAUGUGUCGCACCGCGGCUUCAGUCUCUCGAAUUCAGGCCCGAGAUGGCAUCCUCAACACCGUCUUUGGACGAUAUUGGGCACCAUAUGCUGGCAACCUGCCUGCUGACCUGGCAUCAAAAGUAAUGGCAGAUGCAGAGGUUGUUACUUUUCUGCCUUUGCCAGGCCGCUCAGGACCGGGCUGGGAGAUGUACAAGCGGAAGGGGAAGAGAGGGCAGGUGCAAUGGGUGUUUAUAAUCCUCACCUUACUUACGAUUGGUGGAUUGAGCAUCUGGCUCCAAAGCAAUGCGUUGAGUAGAUGA